CUCUCUCUCUCUCUCUCGCUCUGGGUGUGUGAGAGAAGAAUGGGAGCUGCUAGCUCAGCUUGGGGUUGGGUUCUACUCUGCAUAGUGUGGUGGUCUCUAAGUCUUGAGCUGGCACAGUGCAAUGUUGUGUAUGAUAGGAAGGCUCUUAUCAUUGAUGGGCAGAGGAGAAUUCUCUUUUCUGGCUCCAUUCACUAUCCCAGAAGUACUCCCGAGAUGUGGGAAGGCCUUAUUCAGAAGGCCAAAGAUGGUGGUUUGGAUGCCAUAGACACCUAUGUGUUCUGGAAUCUUCAUGAGCCUUCUCCUGGCAAUUAUAAUUUUGAGGGGAGGUAUGAUUUGGCUCGGUUCAUAAAGACGGUCCACAAGGCGGGGCUUUAUGUGCAUCUUCGCAUUGGGCCUUAUAUUUGCUCAGAAUGGAAUUUUGGGGGGUUUCCAGUUUGGCUGAAGUAUGUUCCAGGCAUUAGCUUCAGAACAGAUAAUGAGCCUUUCAAGUCAGCAAUGCAAAAAUUUACCCAGAAAAUCGUCCAACUGAUGAAGGAUGAAAAGUUAUUUGAGUCCCAAGGUGGCCCCAUCAUUCUUUCUCAGAUUGAGAAUGAAUAUGAGCCAGAAAGCAAGGCUUUUGGGGCUUCUGGUUAUGCAUACAUGACUUGGGCUGCAAAGAUGGCUGUCGGAAUGGGUACUGGGGUCCCAUGGGUGAUGUGCAAGGAACAGGAUGCUCCAGACCCAGUGAUAAACACUUGCAAUGGUUUCUAUUGCGACUAUUUUUCCCCAAACAGAGUGCACAAACCCACACUAUGGACUGAGGCUUGGACUGGCUGGUUUACAGAAUUUGGUGGUCCAGUGUACCAGCGACCUGUUGAAGAUUUGGCAUUUGCAGUUGCCGGAUUCAUUCAAAAAGGAGGCUCCUUCGUAAAUUAUUACAUGUACCAUGGAGGAACCAAUUUUGGGAGAACUGCUGGAGGCCCUUUUAUUACUACCAGCUAUGACUAUGAUGCUCCCAUUGAUGAAUAUGGUUUGAUCAGGCAACCUAAGUAUGGCCACUUAAAGGAACUCCAUAAGGCUGUUAAGUUAUGUGAGCCAGCUCUGCUAAAUGCUGACCCUACUGUCACAUCCUUAGGGAGCUAUGGACAGGCACAUGUAUUCUCUUUCAAGUCAGGAGUUUGUGCAGCUUUUCUCUCAAACUACAAUACAAAGUCAGCUGCAACGGUGACUUUCAAUAACAUGAACUUUCACCUUCCCCCUUGGUCCAUCAGCAUCCUUCCAGAUUGCCAAAAUGUUGUAUUCAACACUGCUCGAGUGGGAGUUCAGACAUCCCAAACACAACUUUUGCACACUAACUCUGAAUUGCGCUCAUGGGAAAUCUUCAAUGAAGACAUUUCUUCAGUGGCUGGUGAUACAACAAUCACGGUCAUUGGCCUCUUAGAUCAGUUGAACAUCACUAGAGACUCCAGUGAUUAUUUGUGGUACACAACCAGCAUCGACAUAAGUCCAUCAGAAUCAUUUCUGCGUGGAGGCCAGCAUCCCAGUCUAACCGUGCAGUCAGCUGGAGAUGCUAUACAUGUUUUUAUCAAUGACCAACUCUCAGGAUCGGCUUACGGGACUAGGGAAUACAGGAGAUUCACUUUUACAGGAAAUGUCAACCUGCAUGCUGGACUGAAUAAAAUUUCACUUCUCAGUAUAGCUGUUGGAUUGGCGAACAAUGGUCCUCAUUUUGAGAUGCGGAGCACAGGGGUGCUGGGACCAGUUGUUCUACAUGGACUAGACCAAGGAAAGAGAGAUUUAUCAUGGCAGAAAUGGUCAUACAAGGUUGGGCUAAAAGGAGAAGACAUGAAUCUGGGUGCUCUACAUUCCAUCUCGGAGGUGGAUUGGAUGAAGGGGUCCCUAGUGGCACAUAAACAGCAGCCACUGACUUGGUAUAAGGCCAGUUUUGAUGCACCAAAAGGAGAUGACCCCUUGGCUUUGGACAUGGGGAGUAUGGGGAAGGGUCAAGUAUGGAUCAAUGGGCAGAGCAUUGGAAGAUACUGGACUACUUAUGCUACUGGCAACUGCAGCGAAUGCGCUUAUUCUGGUACAUUCAGGCCUAAGAAGUGCCAAUUUGGUUGCCAGCAUCCAACUCAACAAUGGUACCACGUUCCUCGGUCUUUCUUAAAAUCGUCUAACAACCUAUUGGUAGUUUUUGAGGAGAUUGGUGGUGAUGUAUCAAGGAUUGGUCUAGUAAAAAAAUCAGUGACAAGUGUUUGUGCUGAGGUUUCUGAAAGCCACCCUCACUUCAGGAAUUGGCAAACUGAGAGCCAUGGCCAACUGGAAGAGCAAAAUAAGCCCAAAAUAAGCCUACACUGUACAGAGGGACACUCCAUUUCUGCCAUUAAAUUUUCAAGCUUUGGAACUCCAUCUGGAAGCUGUGGAACUUUUCAGCAUGGUGACUGUCAUGCUCCAAACUCAAAUGCUGUCCUGGAAAAGGAGUGCAUAGGCAAGCAGAAAUGUUCAGUGACCAUAUCAAAUACCAACUUUGGCAAGGACCCAUGUCCAAGCAAACUGAAGAAGUUGUCUGUGGAAGCUGUUUGUGCCCCUAUCUAAGUACUUAAAUUGCCACAAGUUGAAGGGUUUAAGAGGAAGUUGAGAAAAUCUAAUUCCAUAAAAAGAAAGAAAUUGGAUCAGCAACAGAGCAAUGUGUUAGCAGCAAAAUAUAGAAUGUCACAUUUUUAUUUAUGGAAACGUAGGUAUCGUCUACGGUUGUAACUUGUAAUUGUAAUUAGGUCCAAAAUCGCAAUUCAAUUCAACCCAUAUGACUAACAUUGUCGUUUCCACUUGUAGUCAGAUUACCAAUUUUAUGAAACUAGGCAAUGGAUGUUUUUUGAUACAAGUGAUAUUGAUGAAGGACGGAAUUGAAU